AAAGAUCCGUCAUCGCCCACGCCCAGCCCGGCUCGUCUGCCCGUCAACACCGCUGCUGUCUGCCUACUCGCCCAGCCACCUCGGCUGUUUGGAUUUGGGCUACUCGGCAACAAACCUCCUCCCCCUUUACCGCGGCGUGCGGCGGAUGGCAACGGCCGCCUCCGCCUUCCCCGGCGCGUUCGGCGUCAAAACCCCAGCCCCAGCCCGUGGGCUGAGCGCGCACCCGGCCCUCACCCCGAGCCCCGCAUUCGCGAGGCCUUUGCCGCGCACCCCCGCCUGCGGCAGGUCCCGCGCCAGCCUCCACCUCGGCGGCGUGGGCGCGGCCAGCAGCAGCGCCGCCGCCGCCGGCAACGGCACCGGGCUCCACGUGCCCCCCACGACCGCGCCGCUCGCCGUGCCCAAGAUGGCCGGCUCCAUGAAGACGCACAAGAACGUCCUGCUCUUCUACUGCGAGGAGAUGCGGGACCUCGCGCGGCAGGUGGUCGCCCGGAACGAUGACAUCGAGCUGCGCUCCAUCUCAUGGAGGAAAUUUCCCGAUGGAUACCCGAAUUUGUUCAUCUCGAACGCCCACAACAUUCGUGGGCAGCAUGUUGCCUUUUUGGCCUCGUUUAGCUCGCCCAGUGUCAUAUUUGAGCAACUAUCUGUCAUAUAUAAUCUGCCAAAGUUGUUUAUUUCUUCAUUUACUCUUAUACUCCCGUUUUUUCCAACCGGGACUUCUGAGCGCAUGGAAGAUGAAGGAGAUGUUGCAACCGCCUUUACACUUGCCAGAUUUUUGUCAAAUAUACCAAUAUCACGAGGUGGACCUUCGAGUUUAGUAAUUUUUGAUAUCCAUGCUUUGCAGGAGAGAUUCUACUUUGGAGACUCAGUCUUACCAUGUUUUGAGAGUGGCAUCCCCUUGCUAAAAAGUAGGCUUCAGGAGCUACCUGAUUCCCAUAAUAUAACCAUAGCAUUUCCAGAUGACGGUGCAUGGAAGCGCUUCUAUAAGCAACUUCAACAUUUUCCUAUGGUUGUAUGUAACAAAGUUAGAGAAGGGGAGCAAAGAAUUGUACGGAUAAAAGAGGGAGAUCCUAGAGGACGUCAUGUUGUUAUAGUGGAUGAUUUGGUUCAGUCUGGUGGUACAUUGAUUGAGUGCCAGAAAGUACUGGCAGCUCAUGGAGCAGCAAAGGUCAGUGCAUACGUGACACAUGGCAUUUUUCCCAAUAACUCAUGGGAAAAAUUUCAGCAUGAUAAUGGAGAGGGUCCGGAGCACGGCCUGAGCCACUUUUGGCUUACUGAUUCAUGCCCCCUUACUGUCAACGCGGUGAAGGGCAGGCGGCCAUUUGAAAUUCUAAGUCUGGCCGGACCUAUAGCUUCUGCUCUCCAGAUUUAGGAAAAUCUGGUCUGCUCGAUCCCUUGGGAUAUUGUUGGCUAUUCAGUUCAUUCUUCUUUCUUUUUUCUUUGAGGAAUUUGGUGCUUUCCUUCCGACAGCUAUAGAGCAUAUCGCAAUGUAUUUAAUAGAAAUAGAGAAGCUUAAAAUGGCAGAUCUUCACUGCAGCGUCUGCUUGGCGAAAAGCAUUCGUAGUCGUAGGAUUGCCUGUUCAAUAAUUUGACUGAGCAAGUCAAGUGUCGAUCUGUGUUCUAUAAAUAAAACUCUCGAAUAAAGUUUCAGUAAUCUGCCAACUUGCA